AUAUGGAUACAUGAUGUUUACCCCGAGGACAAGAAAAUUAUAGGAUAUACGAGAGAUAGAUCCUCCUGGUGUGGUUCGGGUAUUAAAUGAGAUUAAUAAGUAUAGUUAUACUACCACAGAAUGAACAGACAUUGGUGUAUCUGUAAAGUUGUGACGACAUUGGUGUUGUUGGUAUGGCGACCAGACCGUUCGUCAGCAGGUCUAUGUAAUGAUACCCUGUAUGCCGAGGAGUGUAACACGUGGCUGUCUGGAAGCGGUAUUAUCGAGGUGGAACCUAUCUGUCGUAAUGGAACAAUCCAGUGGCAUAAGUGCCAAAACCAUAACCUUACACUCAAAAUGACAAAAUACGAGGCGUUCCGAAUGUGUUUUCGGUUCGACAAGAUACCAUACAACAUCAUAGACACUACAAACCGUCGCAACGUUCCGAAAAAUCCUCCAAAGAAAGACAGUCCGACCUGUGUGUUGUCCCGACCAGUGAGCAACAGAAAGGAAACGCUCGAACUGAGAUUCGAACCAGGGUCUCCGGGGUCAAUGUUUCUCAUCAAUAUACCGUUCACCGUGAACAAAGUGUCCUUACCCAAAGUCCCGUAUGGUUAAUGCUGUAGAUAUUGUCUGUAAACAGAUCAAAUGUCAGUUACAUUUCAACAAAAAUAUUUAAUAAAAGAAAAUAAUUACCA